AUCCACGCACAUGCGCAGAUGAGAUGGUGUUUUCCGGUAGUGACAAUGGUCAUCAAACAAACGUGAAAGGCUGGUUCGCUGCCUGCAUGUGUCGGAACUAGGACGACUUUGUAAAAUGAGACUUAAAUUAGGAUUCAUCUUGCGGAGUUUGCUUGUCAUUGGGACCUGUUUUGUGGUGGUGCUCUUGUGGUCUUCUCUGACUUCCAAUAUAAACAACGAGGACCGCCUUAAAACACAGGAUGAUGGUUCGCUGGACAAAGGAGCCCAACAUCAAUUUAAACCAGUUUUGCCCUGGCCUCAUGUAGAAGGUGUGGAAGUGGACCUCAACUCCAUCAGACAGAAACAUGGAGAGGGCAACCACAGCCCCAAUCAUCAGGCUAACCAGAAGCAGGUGAUCCAGCAGCAGUAUGCAACUUUCCGGCCAGACUUGCACAAUUACAAUGCCCCGAUCCUCAAAAGAGAUGUUUUGGGAAACUUUGAACCCAAAACACCUGAACCUCCAGGGGUGCCCGACGGUCCAGGAGAAGAAGCCAAGGCAAUUGUCCUUGGUUCGGAAUACAAAGACGUCAUCCAGGCAUCGAUCAAAGAGUUUGGCUUUAACAUGGUCGCUAGUGACAUGAUAUCACUGGACAGGACCAUCAAAGAUCUACGCCACGAAGAGUGCAAGUACUGGCAUUAUGAUGACCGACUGCUGACAUCCAGCGUGGUGAUUGUCUUCCAUAAUGAAGGAUGGUCGACUUUAAUGAGAACCAUCCACAGUGUCAUCAAGAGAACUCCCAGGAGAUACCUGGCUGAGGUUGUCAUGAUUGAUGACUUUAGCAACAAAGUCGAUUUGAAGGAACGUUUGGAGGUGUACAUCAAGCAGUGGAACGGUCUUGUCAAGCUCUACAGAAACGAGAAGAGAGAGGGUCUUAUCCAGGCACGAAGUAUCGGCGCCAAAAAGGCCACUAAGGGACAGGUGCUAAUAUACCUGGAUGCUCAUUGUGAGGUUGGAAUCAACUGGUAUCCUCCGCUGGUUGCUCCUAUUUCAUUAGACAGGACGGUAUGUACAGUACCUCUCAUAGACUAUAUAGAUGGUAAUGAGUAUAGUAUGGAGCCCCAACACGGUGGCGAUGAAGACGGCCUGGCUAGAGGAGCAUGGGACUGGAGUCUGCUCUGGAAGAGAAUACCACUAAGCCAGAGAGAGAGAGCGGAAAGACCACACACCACUGAACCCUAUAGAACGGUGUGUACUGUCCCACUGAUUGACUCCAUCCAUGGUGAGAAGUACACCAUUGAACCUCAGGGUGGAGGAGAUGAAGACGGCUAUGCUAGAGGAGCCUGGGAUUGGAGCAUGCUGUGGAAAAGAGUUCCUCUGAACGACAAAGAAAAAAGACAAAGAAAAACUCGUACCGAGCCAUAUAGGUCUCCCGCAAUGGCAGGGGGUCUCUUUGCGAUAGAGCGAGACUUCUUCUUUGAGCUUGGCCUGUAUGAUCCUGGAUUGCAGAUAUGGGGAGGAGAAAAUUUCGAAAUCUCAUUUAAGAUUUGGCAGUGUGGUGGCAAACUGCUCUUUGUUCCGUGCUCUCGUGUUGGUCACAUAUACAGACUUCACGGAUGGCAAGGAAACCCCCCACCUGCACAUGUUGGUUCCUCACCAACGUUGAAGAAUUAUGUUCGUGUGGUGGAGGUAUGGUGGGAUGAAUAUAGGGACUACUUCUACGCCAGCCGCCCUGAAACACUAACCCUUGCCUAUGGAGACAUCAGCCAGCUGAAACGCUUCAGGGAAGAACAUCGAUGCAAGAGCUUCAAAUGGUUCAUGGAGGAAAUAGCUUACGACAUCCCACAACACUAUCCCAUGCCUCCAAAAAAUGUGGAAUGGGGAGAGAUUCGGGGCUUUGAGUCAAGCUACUGUAUUGACAGUAUGGGACGCACAAAUGGAGGCAAUGUGGAAACAGGACCAUGUCACAGAAUGGGUGGCAAUCAGUUGUUUCGCAUCAACGAGGCCAACCAACUGAUGCAGUAUGACCAGUGUCUGACCCAAGGAAGUGACAACUCGGCUGUCAUCAUCACUCAUUGUGACCAGAAGCAGUUCUGUGAGUGGAAGUUAUUCAAGGAUCUUCAUCGCUUCAUGCACAUACCUACAGGCAAAUGUUUGGACCGCUCCGACCUCCUUCACAAAGUGUUCAUAUCUGCCUGUGACAACAGUAAGACCACUCAGAAGUGGGAAAUGAACAACAUAGUUGCUGUAUGAAGACUGGUGAGACUUCUCGUCCUACUUGACAAUAACCCACUUGAAAUAUUUGGCUGGUGUAACUGAUCACAUUCAUGUCAACCAACAAGAAUGUUUUUUUUUUUUUUUUACUUUUGGGACUGGCAGCGUUAAUCGAAAAUGGCUGCUAGCUGGUCAGAGUGCAUAGAGAAGUAAUGAGAUUAUGUGGAUAGGCGUAAAGCUAACAGUAGGGAAAUGAUAAUAGCUCAUAAGAAUAAAAUAAGCCUUAAAUUUUGAUGAAAUAUUUUGACUUAACAACUGCUCAUGAAAAAGGAAGUUUGGGGUUUUGCUUCCUGAUUAAGUGGAAUAUUGAUCAAACUGGCGCACCAAUGUUGGUAAUCCAGAAGGUCCAAUAAAAAAUGCAAAUUGAAGAGAAUUAAUUUAGAAAUAUUAGUUGUAGAACAACAUUUUAAAUCAGAGGUCCCUAAACUUUUUGACUCUGGGGCCGCAUUGCGUUAAACAAUUUGGCUGGGGGCCUGGCUAGCUAUAUAUAUAUAUAUA